ACUGCCUCCGUUUCCUCUUGUUCUUUCACCUUCUCCUACCCCUCUACCUCCCCCAUUUCCUCUCCUAUGAUCCCGGGCACCCCAGAGAAGGAGCUGGAGGCGCAGCAGGAGGAAGAACAGAAACAGCUGGAGCAGAUGGAGCAGGAGCAGCAGGAGCAGCAAGAGGAGCAGAUGGAGCAGGAGCAGCAGGAGCAGCAAGAGGAGCAGGACAGGAGCAGCAGGAGGAGCAGGAGCUUGCUGCUGUGACACUGGGUCCUCCCCGGUGUCCUCAGAGCUCCUUCUCCUCAUCAUGGAGCACAUCAGAUGGAAGCUCCAGCAGCCAAGAAGAAGAUGACACACACUCUCUCCAGGCCCCAGCAGACACCAGAAACCUGCUAAAUGAGAAGGUGGCUGAUCUGGUGAAUUUCAUGAUCCUCAAGUAUCGACUGAAGGAGCCCAUCACAAAGGCAGAAAUGCUAAAGGUUGUCAUCAAAAGGUACAAGAAACAAUUCCCUGUGAUCUUCAAGAAAGCUUGUAAGUGCCUAGAGGUGAUCUCUGGCAUUGAUGUGAAGGAAGUAGACCCCCAAAUCCACUCAUAUGUCCUUGUCAACUCACUAGACCUCACCCAUGUUGAGACACUUAGUGAUAACCAGAGCAUGCCUAAAAAUGGCCUGCUGAUAAUCAUCCUGGGUCUGAUCUUCAUAGAGGGCAACUGCACCCCUGAGGAAAAUAUCUGGGAUUUCCUGAGUAUGAUAGGAGUGUAUGCUGGGAGGGAGCACUUCAUUUAUGGGGAGCCCAGGAAGCUCCUCACCAGAGAUUGGGUGGAGCAGAAUUAUCUGGUGUACCAGAAGGUGCCUAAUAGUGAUCCUCCACGAUACGAAUUCCUGUGGGGUCCAAGGGCCCAUGCUGAAACUAGCAAGAUGAAAGUUCUGGAAUUUUUGGCAAAGAUCAAAGGGACUGACCCCAUUACCUUCUCAAGCUGGUGUGAGAAGGCUUUAAGAGAUGAGAAAGAGAGUCAGGGCCAGGGUAAGCCCAGUGUGUAGUACUACUGCCGUGUUCACUGUGCAGCAUUGCUCAGCAGCUGCUCUUGCUCUAACUGAAAAAUGAACCCGAAUAUUCACCCUGCGUUUGGAGAGGGCAGUCAGCGUUCUAAGUAGAGGAAAGCCAGGGUCAGGCUGAGGAGAAUAUACUGUGUAACAACUUUGUGUCCCUGUUCCUGUAUGCAUUGCUUGAAAGUUUAUCUUCUUUUUUCUUUUUGGUAUUUUUCAAAUACUCUUUCUUUGAAUAAGUUUACUAGCUUUGGAAUCUGUUUUUGAAUGACAUUGGUCACACAUUUAUUGCUGUUUAUCAGUUUUGAGAACAGGAGUUUUGAUAUUUUACAAAUCAACUUGGGGAACUUUCCAUCUUAUUUUGUGAUCUGGAACAAGAUAACAUGACAUUGGAAUAUGAAUGUCCUUGGAAGUGUGAAAGAACUCCCCAGACAAUAGAGAAAAAUGUAAAACUAUAAAAGGUGGUUCAUUUUUGAAUUCCCAUUACCACUUUAGUCUAUUGUUCUGUAAAAUUAAAAUAUAUAUACCUGGAUUUGCUUGGCUUAUUCAAGAAAG